AUGGUGGUCGUCCUCGCUGCUGUUGGCUCUGUGGCCUCGGCCGGGUGCAGCUACCGCGGACUGGUGCAGACGACCGGACCACGUGAGACGGUGGCCUGGUGCUGCAUGAUGGAUGCGGAGGAGGCGAGUGCGAGUACAGAGUUGGUGGUUAUGGUCGAUGGAUCGGCAUCGUCGAAUCAGGGCUAUGUCGUCAUGCCGGACUUUACCUGCGCAUCGCUGCCGAUGGCUUCGGAUGAGCUCGAUGGCUUCAUCGCUUCCUACGCUUCGCCCGACUUUGCCCCGCGCCGCGUCAACAACAUCACUGCCGACAUUGGCCGCUACGCCCGUGAGCCGGCAGGGCCCUGGGCUGUCGUUGUUGGUGUUCACUGUCUCGAAUGGGUCUCCGGCUGCAAGAUCUCGGUCAUGUCGCUCGACGUCACCGCCAACACCACGCUCAUCGCAGCCGAUGAGGACGGCGGGGGCAAGCUGGGGAUGGGAUCAACAGAGGCCCUCUUUACAAGUAUCCAAGAACGGGUGGUGGUCAUUUGUCUCGCUCAUCGGUGGUCGCCACCGGCGCUGCAUGCGGCAAGGGCGCUGUGUGGUCUCCGCUCGGGAUCGUCGUCGUCGGUCACGCCGUACUCUAAGAUCUUUGUUGUUGAUGCUGAUGACAUCGAGUCGCAGGAGGAUGUCGAGGCUCUUGGCUUGGCUCUCUCGCCGGCGGUCUAUCUCUUUUACUCGGGCAAGCCGCUGGUCAUUCGCAGACCGGGGCUCGACGAGGACAUCAAGUUUGUCGGAUCUGCGCCGGCCGAGCGCUGGGAGGAGCUUAUCCAGUUUGCUCGCCAGACCGGUGACAACGGCGGACACGUGCUGGUGUGGAACGACUGA